AUGCUCCUCCGCCGCCUCCUGAUCAUAAGCCUUUCGGCCAGUGUUUCUGCCUCCCAGGGCCAUCUUCCUAAUUCGACCUUCACUAAUCCCAUCUUUCCUGGCUUUUUCCCAGAUCCCUCCUGCAUCUAUGUCCCUGAGCGUGACCACACCUUCUUCUGCGCUUCAUCGAGCUUCAACAGCUUCCCUGGGAUUCCGAUACACAGCUCGAAGGACCUGCGGAACUGGAAGCUGAUCGGCCAUGUCUUGAACCGAAAGGAGCAGCUCCCUCGGCUGGCCGAGACCAACCGGUCAACCAGUGGCAUCUGGGCUCCGACCAUCCGCUUCCACGAUGACACCUUCUGGGUGGUCACGACUCUGGUGGAUGAUGACCGGGCGCAGGACGACGCGUCCAGGUGGGAUAAUAUCAUCUUCAAGAGCAAAGACCCGUACAACGAUCAGGCGUGGUCCAACGCGGUGAAGUUCAAUUUCACUGGCUAUGACACGAGCCCAUUCUGGGAUGAUGACGGAAAGACCUACAUUACUGGCGCACAUGCCUGGCACGUCGGGCCGUACAUCCAGCAGGCCGAGGCGAACCUCGACACCGGUGAAGUCGGUGAAUGGAGGAUCAUUUGGAACGGUACCGGCGGCCAGGCGCCUGAAGGACCACACAUCUACCGCAAAGAUGGAUGGUACUACCUCUUGGCUGCCGAAGGAGGGACCGGCUUGGGCCACAUGGUUACUAUGGCCCGGUCCAAGAAUAUCUGGGGUCCCUACGAGUCGAACCCAGCAAACCCCGUGCUGACCAACGCCAAUACCACGAGCUACUUCCAGACGGUUGGGCAUGCCGACCUGUUCCACGACAGAGACGGAAACUGGUGGGCCGUGGCCCUCUCAACGCGCUCCGGGCCAGAGUAUCUGAAUUAUCCCAUGGGCCGAGAGACCGUCAUGACGGCCGUCAGCUGGCCCGAGGGCGAUUGGCCCACCUUCACCCCCAUCUCAGGCGAGAUGAGCGUCUGGCCGAUGCCCCCUGAGCAAAAGGACAUUCGCGGAGUCGGCCCCUUCGUCAACACCUUCACCCCAGAACACCUAACCUUCCCGCCCAACACCCCUCUCCCCGCGCACCUCGUCCACUGGCGCUUCCCCGCCCCAGCCGCCUACACCGUCUCCCCGCCGGGCCACCCGCACACGCUGCGCCUGAAGCCCUCCACGCUCAACCUGACCGCGCUCAACGGCAACUACGCCGACCCGCGGGCGGGGGGGCAGACCCUGAUCGCGCGCCGCCAGCAGCACACGCUGUUCCGCUUCGCCGUCGACCUGGACAUCGAUAACAGCUCCGCGCCGCCGGCCGCGCUCUCCGGCCUGGAGGCCGGCGUGACCGUCUUCCUGACGCAGAACCACCACCUGGAUCUCGGCGUCGUGCUGCUGCCGCGCGGGGCGGCGACCGCGCCGGCCGCGCUGCUGUCCGGGGGUGAAGGGCUGGAGCUGAUGGUGCGGUUCCGAGGCGAGUCGUAUCUGCCUGUGCCGGCGCCGGUGGUGGCCCCCGUGCCGGCGGGGUGGCGGACGGGCGGGGAGAAGAAGCUGACGCUGGAGAUCCGGGCGUGCAAUGCGACGCAUUAUGCGUUUAGUGUCGGCCCCGCGGGGAGGCGGUCCCAAAUGCGGCAGGUGAUUGAGGUGUCGAAUGGGUUGGUCAGUUGGGGGUUUACAGGCACGUUGCUGGGCAUCUACGCGACGAGUAAUGGGGGCAACGGGACGACGCCGGCAUACUUCUCGAACUGGCGGUAUAUCCCGGAAGGGCAGUUCAGGGACUGA